GGGUAUGGCCUUGCGUCGACGCAGCAGCGCAAGAACAAGGACAUCCCGGAAGGCGGCUCCAAGGGUGUCGUGCUCCUCAACCUCGCGCACCAGGACAAGGCCGACCUCGCGUUCAAGAAGUACAUUGACGCGCUUCUCGACAUCAUGCUCCCGGAGAACGACGGCAUCGUGCGCGCCCAGGAAGACAUCCUCUUCCUCGGCCCCGAUGAGGGCACGGCCCACCUCAUGGACUGGGCGUCGUCGUACGCCAAGUCGCGCGGCUACUCGUACUGGAAGGCCAUCACGACGGGCAAGUCGCCGUCGCGCGGUGGUAUUCCCCACGACGAGUACGGCAUGACGACGCACUCGGUGCGCCAGUUUGUCACGGGCAUCCAGUCCAAGCUCAACCUCAAGGCUCCUGGUGCGAAGCGCCUCACCAAGGUGCAGACCGGUGGCCCGGACGGCGAUCUCGGCUCGAACGAAAUCCUCAUGAGCGAGGGCGAGGACACGAUCGCGGUCGUCGACGGCUCGGGCGUGCUCUACGACCCGAACGGCAUCAACCGCGCCGAGCUUGUGCGCCUCGCCAAGGCCCGGUCGCCGGUCGAGGGCUUCAACAAGUCGCUCCUCUCCAAGGACGGGUACCUCGUCCUCAUCUCGCAGAACGACGUCAAGCUCCCGUCGGGCGAGGUCGUCGAGAACGGCACGCAGUUCCGCAACAACUUCCACAACCGUUCGGACGUCACGGCCGACUUUUUCGUGCCGUGCGGCGGUCGCCCGGCGGCCGUGAACCUCAGCAACGUGACCAACUUCAUGUACCAGGCCGACGGCAAGACGCUUCGCUUCAAGUACAUUGUGGAGGGCGCCAACCUCUUCUUCACGCAGGACGCGCGCCUCGUCCUCGAGAAGGCCGGCGUUGUCCUCUUCAAGGACGCGUCGGCCAACAAGGGCGGUGUCACUUCGUCGUCGCUCGAGGUCAUGGCUGCGCUCUCGAUGACGGACGCCGAGUUUGGCGAGCACAUGGCGGUCACGGCCGGGAAGCCCAAGCCCGCGUUUUACCAGGCGUACGUCGCGGAGGUCCAGACGCGCAUCGACAACAACGCGACGAAGGAGUUCGAGUGCCUCUGGCGCGAGCACCAGCGCACGCCGACGCCGUACGCGAUCUUGACCAACUUGCUCUCGGAGCGCAUCACGGACCUCAGCGUCACGAUCCAGGACUCGUCGCUGUACGAGCAGAAGGCGCUGCGGGACGUGAUCCUCAAGGACGGCUUCCCCAAGACGCUCCAGGCCAAGAUCUCGUACGACGAGCUCCUCAAGCGCCUCCCCGAGUCGUACCUCCGCGCGCUCUUCGCGUCGCAGCUCGCGAGCCGCUUCGUCUACUCGUGCGGCCUCAACUGCCCCGAGUUUGCCUUUUACGAGUUUGUCCAGACGCUCAACCACUAAGUUGUACAGUUGCCGUAAUACACCUGCGUCUUG